AAUAAUUAAUGAUGCUUUUGUUUAGAAAAUAUAAAAAAUUAAUUCAUUUUCUUAAAAUGUGCACAAUUUUAAAAUGACAGAUAUUAAAAAACGGAGAAAGUAUAUAAAUAUCUAAUCUUAAGAAUAUGCCAAAAAACUUCAGUUGUAAUAUUCCAAAAAUUCAUUAGAUAUUGACUUUGAACAAUCUCUUCAAUGCGUUUGAAUCUGAAGUAACGGGUUAAAGAAGAGGAUAUGCUGGACGUUUCUGUGGGUAUUUAUCUACUAUGCUAGAAUCAUACCGUACUUGUAUUGCCUUUGUCAUAAGAGAGGGAUAGAGAAAGACAGAGAGAGAUGUAAUGAACUUGAUAAGUGUGUUUUAAGGGGCUGAGUUGUACCAACAAGAAAAUCACCAGUCCAACAUUCAGACCCAUACAAAAUGGUGUGGGUUCAUAUGUCUCACCGUGUAGUAUGUUUCCUUUUGAACACCUGUUUCCUUUCAACUCUUGUCACCGUUUUUAUCAGAGUUAUAUGAUGAUAUUUUUGUUAUUAGCAUUUAAUAUUGUACUCCACUAUUUUUUUUAUCGGCUAUAGCCAGUGCCGGAAAAAACAUUUACUGCUACAGAAUAGAUUAUUCCGAAAGUGCAUCUGCCUAAUCUGAGUUUGUAAUACUUUUUAACUAGUGCUAAAGAUAGACUGAUCAUGACCAAAUCUCAAAUCCAUACUGACCAAAUAUUGAUAAAUUAGUUCCUACAGAAAGUUAAACUCAUGACUAAUACUAAACUACCACCACUUGGUUACACCAGAGUUUUAAAACAGCUUAGUUUUACUCAGACGUCGUAGCUGGUAACGAAACUCGUGAGUAUUUUCAUCUUAUUGAUAUACAUGUUAGUAGAUCUUAUUACAAAGACUAGCGAUCUCGUGAUGAACUUUGUUAUUUACUGACAUUUUUAACAAUAUAUUUGUUUUGGACUAACGGCCACUGAAGCAUAUGGUAAAAAUAUUUCAACUGCAGUUACGUAAAAGAUUGUGAUGGAAACUAUGUGGCUAGCUAGUGAAAAGAACAUUUGUAGUGGAUUUUGUCUGGUUGUUAUAUUUGCAUCUGUUAUUAUAACAAUAUGGACAAUAAAGAUCGAUGUGAAUAUCUAGGAAACUCCAUUGAAGGAGCAACAGCAUAUGUGGAACCCAUAUCCCCUCUCUAUAGUGGAGACAGUGGAUUCAUUGCACUGUCUCCACUCUGUGACCAUUACAAUGACCAGAUGAGGAUUGAUUCUCUCACUACUUGUUUCGAUGAAGAAAUCAUUGAGUCUUUGUAUCAAAACCUCUUUAGUAGUGCUCUAUGUCUUCAAAUAGAAGAGCCUGGUGAUGGUUCCGACAUACCACUCUCUGCGCAUUGCCCUGGAGCACCCAUGCAGCUUUCCAGGCCAUCGAGAAACAUUGAUCUAGGAUUUCAAAGAAAGCUCUCCUGACAUUACUACUUAGAU